UCAACCCUUCAAAAUCCCUUACUGAUAUCUUAAGCAAAAAAAAAAAAAACUUCAAGGUGCAAUCUUUUUCCUCUCAAAAUCUACAAAACAGCAAAAAAACAACAAUGGUAUAAUAUUUCAAGAAUCUCCAAAAAAUGGUAAUGGGGUUGUCCAAGAAACCAUUUUUAUGCUUUUUCUUGGCCAUUCUAGCCAUUUUCAAGAAUCUCCCAAAAAUGGUAAUGGGGUUGUCCAAGAAACCAUUUUUUUACAUUUUCUCUGUUUACUUGGUCAUUCUAGCAAUUUUCAAGAAUGUAGCACCAGCUGAAUCUGCAUCUGGAAACACUAAUUUAGUGUACAAGGGUUGUGCAAAACAGGCAUUAUCAGAUCCAUCUGGUGUUUACUCACAAGCCCUUUCAACCCUUUUUGGCACUCUUGUUUCACAAUCUUCAAAAUCCAAGUUUUACAAAACUACAACUGGUACUGGCCAAACUACAAUAACUGGUCUUUUUCAGUGUAGAGGUGACCUUUCUAAUAUUGAUUGUUAUAACUGUGUAAAUGGUUUGCCAAUACUGAUUGACAAGCUCUGUGGCACCCCUGUUGCUGCAAGAAUCCAGCUUUUAGGCUGUUACAUGCUCUAUGAAGUCUCUGGUUUCCCACAAAUCUCAGGAAUGGAGAUGUUGUACAAGACUUGUAGUGGGAAAAAUGCACCAGGGAGUGGAUUUGAGGAGAAGAGGGAUACUGCUUUUUCCACACUGGAAAAUGGAAUGUCUAGUGCUAAUAAUGGAUUUUACACAUCAAAUUAUGAGUCUGUUUUUGUUUUGGGACAAUGUGAAGGGGAUGUAGGCUCUUCUGAUUGUGGUGAGUGUGUGAAAAGUGCUGUCCAAAGAGCUCAAGUUGAAUGUGGUAGCUCAAUUUCUGGCCAAAUAUUUCUUCAUAAGUGCUUUGUCAGUUAUAAUUAUUAUCCAAAUGGGGCUCCCACAAAAUCAUCAUCAUCUUCUUCAUACUGGUCUCCAUCUCCUUCAGCAGGGACAGGCCAAAACACCGGGAAGACAGUGGCCAUAAUACUAGGAGGAGCAGCAGGAGUUGGUUUUCUAGUCAUUUGCAUGCUCUUUGCAAGGAACCAAAUGAAGAAACAUGAUGAUUAUUGAAGGGAUCAGCUGUGUAUUAUUAUUAUUAUAAAAGGCUGGCAAAAACUUUUUGUAAGGUGGAUUCUUUCCUUGUUAAGAUUUUCUUCCUAGAAGAAAAAAGAAGGAAAAUUUAUUUUCUUGGAAAUUCCUGAAAAAAGUGAGGGAGUUUGUGAGCUGUAAUUCUUGGAAUUAUUAGGUGAAAGAGAAAAACAAAAAUACUAUUUUGGGGACAUAAAUUUUUGGAGAAAUGAUGUAACAAUACAUGUUUUUUGUCAACUAAGAAAAUUGGAAAGAGCAUUAUAAUGUUUUUUGGCAUUUUUCUCCUAUGGCCAUGUGCAUGUUGUCUCUUUUCUCUUUGUCUCUGAAUAAUUGUUUCUCCCUUUUUUU